UAUAAAUGGCGCUGCUGGUCAAAAACAGUUCACAGUUCACAAGUAUCAUGAAGACCGACUCAUACAGCUACGAGGACUUUCUUUGGUUACCGAAAUUUAGCUAUUAUAUCUGCGGCUAUGAGAUACUGGAGGCAAAAAUGACCCGUCGCCGCAUCCUGAUGCAACUAUUCCACUGGACGUGUGUGGUAAGCCACGUCUGCUGUGUGGUGACCAUGUUAAAACGUCUAAUCGAGUGGGAUAACAUUGGAAACGAUUUCCUACUGAUAGCACGCUAUACUAUGCAGUUUACCUAUGUAAUCAACUCGAACAUCAAAUAUGUAGUUGUGCUACAAAAGCAGGCAAUUCGAAGGUUAAAUGGUAAGCUAGCGGCGCUUUAUCCAGAAUCCAAGCAAGCAAGGAUCGAUUACAGUGUCAACGAUCAUUACUGGCCCCGUCCACUGCGCGUAUUCGUUGCGGUAUAUUGCAUAUCCUCAGUGUUGGUAAUAGGACAACCCGUCCUGAUGUCGGUUUUUAUUUAUAUAAGGACAAACCACUAUCCCUAUUUGCAUUUCUAUCCACAUUACACAUUAGAUCCGCAACAAGAUCCAUUGUGGAAAUACUUUGCCAUUAAUAUAGUGGAGUGGUUGCACAGCGAUUUAAUGAUUGUAUCCAAUUUGAGCACUGAUCUCUGGCUGGUGCACUUUGAGAUGCAGAUAUGCAUGCACCUUGAUUAUAUUGCGAGAUCUCUGGAGAAUUAUCAACCUCACUGGACGCGUGACUCCAUCGAUCUCAAAUUCAUUUCCCAGUUGGUGGACAGGCAUGAUCAAUUACUUAACCUCCAGGAGGAUAUAAAUCGCAUCUUUGGUGGAUCACUUUUGUUAAAUCUGCUUACCACUGCUAUGCUAUUCUGCAAUAUGGCAGUUUGUGCACAGAUUCAGGGACUAAGUCUAGAUGGAAUUACCUUAGCUGGAUUUAUGAUAACGACUAGUUCACAGCUUUAUCUCGUGUGCUGUUAUGGCGAGAUGGUUCAAUUAUUUAGCUCAAAUAUCUCCCAUGCCGCCUAUAACAACAACUGGUCGGAUGCAACGUCGGCAUACAAGAAAUCCCUAGUGAAUAUCAUCUUGCGUGCCCAGAGACCAGCUGAACUCAGCGCCAUGGGCUAUAUGCGUAUAUCGCUGAACACUUUUAAGGAGGUAAUGUCGCUGGCCUAUCGCGUAUAUAUGUUGGUCGGGAGCGCGAUUAAAUAA